AUGAUGGAUACACGGCAAUGGACACCGGUCAGACGACCUGCAUUAUUUUUUUAUCUGGAGAUACUUCUGUUCGGGAAUGCUUUGUCGGGGCUUCCUGGGUUCUACAGCAUAAUGAAAAGAGAAAAACAUUUGAAGACUGUUCAUGUUGGUUGUCACUUAUUGACGAGUAAUCUUGAUCUGUUGCAAUUAUCCCGAUUCCGGACUGCGGAGAUGCAGAACGCUUUUGUUGGGUUUGUGGACUUUAUUUCUUUCCAACUGAAGAUGCUACCAAUAGAAUAUAGACAUCCUUGCUUCCAGGUUCAACAUGCCUUGACAGAGCUCGGAUAUCCACGAUCCUUGUUUCCCUCCCCCCUUGACACUCAAUAG